AUGACCUCCCAAACUCUGCAGAUAGAGCUUGCAAAUUUAAUUCAGGAGUCAAAACGCAAACACUCCGAACUCAGAAAUGCUGCCGAACAAUCGCUGAGUGAGUUGAAGGCUUUGCCUUCAACUUCGGAGGCACAAAUCACAGCAGACUUAAUACGCCGUCCGAAUUUCAUCACCCCAUUUCUUCUUGCUUGUCAAACACGGCAAGUAAAACUUGCCACCAUUGGUGCUGUUUGUCUCCAGAGGCUUGCGACAUCUCAUGCGCUGUCGCCUGACCGACUUGGAGAUACCUUGUCUGCCUUGAGAGAGUCAACCGGCCUGAGCCAAGAUGUUCAGCUAAAGAUUCUGCAGACACUGCCAGCUCUAUUGCAUAAUUACUCUGACGAACUGAGUGGAGAAUUACUAGCACAAACCUUGGAGAUUUGCGCGACAUUGCAAGCCAGCAAAGUUGCAGCAGUAUCAAACACCGCAGCAGCUACUUUGCAACAGCUCGUCAUCUCCACAUUUGAAAAAGUUGUAGCUGAAGAUGGAAAUUCCGAUCACCCAAUUGCUACCAAGACUGUCUCGGUUGAUGGGUCUGACAUUGACGUUGGGGUAGCCGCAUACGAUGCCCUUCUAAUUCUCGGCGAUCUUUGCCACCUCGUGGAAGGCGAGAAGCUUGAAUUCCUUCAGAUAAAGGGCCUAUCGCCUGUCUUUGUCCUAGAGCUCAUUGAGAGCAUCUUGUCGAACAAUAUCAAACUGCUCCGGAGUCAUCCAGAACAGAUGUACGUAUUACGAAACCGUCUCAUGCCCUUGAUAGUGAGGUAUCUCUCGGAAAGGCAUGGCUUCCCUCAAACGCUUCGAAUCACAAGAAUUCUCCUCAUUAUUCUGCGGAACUUUAUGAACCUCUUACCAGAUGAGUGUGAAAUGGCUCUCGCACUUCUCAUUCACCUUUUAGAACCUGAUGUCUCUGUGUCGUGGAAAAGAGUUCUCUGUAUGGAGGUUUUCCGUGGCCUUCAUGCUGAACCCGGCUUGAUUAGACUGGCCUAUGCUUUGUUCGAUGAAGUCAAGGGCCAAAAAACAAUCGUCAAGGACCACAUGACCUCCCUCUUACGACUGGCAUCGGAGAAGCCUUCACUUAUAGGCAUCAGCCAUCAGUCAACUGUUCCGUCCAGUGUUCAGCAUUCCAGGUCCAACACUGAGGAACAAAUCACGCUAGAGUCUGGUGGUGUUGCUGGAGUCAUUGGGGCUGCAGUGAACGCUGCGGAUGAGAAUGUAACCGGGAUCAGUAGCCAGUGGAGCACGGUUAGAGCACCAUAUCUGGAACUUCUUGAUAAAUCAGAACCACCUCCACCGCCUGAAACUUAUAUUUAUAGCCUCGUUCUCAGCUGUAUCAGCUUAUUGUCCGAGGGUCUAGCCAGGUUCAUUCUCCCUCUGACAGUGACAGAAUCGAGAAGCAAACGCAAGAAAAGAACGGCAAUGCAUGAUCGGGAGCAAGGUUCUAGCGGGGAUCUUCGUGAACUGCAUAGAUCAAGUUCGACAAGAUCUACUGCGUCUGAUUCAAAGAAACAAACUGUUCCCCUGAAUCCAUUGACUCUGGAAGAUCACCCACAGAUUGCUGCCAUCCGAUCCAGCGCAGGAAUUAUCGAAUCAUGCUGGCCUGCCAUUCUUUCAACCUGUUCAACUCUUCUUUAUGCGGCCUUGGAUGCGGACUUUUACCACAAUCUUGUUCGAUCUUUUCAAAAGCUGACCCAUGUGGCUGGACUUCUGAGGCAGUCUGCUGCCCGAGAUGCAUUUUUAACUACCCUAGGCAAAGCCACCAUUCCGGUGGACAGUUUGAAUGCACGUGGUGUGAACCAAAACGGAUCAGGGUCGGGAUCGCAACAAGCUGAAGCUUCAGAAACUACAGCGCAAGGAACUUCACUUAACUCGCCUGUAGCGACACCCAAAGCGUCAUUUGAGGCUUCUCGGGCAUCUUUGAGCACUAGGAAUUUGCUUUGCCUGCGAGCUCUUCUCAAUCUGGGAAUUGCGCUUGGACCUACGUUAGACCAAGCUGCGUGGUCUAUACUUCUUGAAACAUUACAAAACGCAGAUUUGGUGAUUAAGCUCUCUGCUGUCAUGACCACGAAACCGGGCCCUACUGCUGGAAGCAACGACAAUACAACUCAACCCAGCCACGACAUUCCUCGAGCUAAUAUGGGAAAUGAGAUCAUCGCAGUUCAAACAGUUGCAUCGAGGAUGUUUGAAAGUACUGCAGAGUAUCCCAACGAUUCCUUUGAAGCGAUAUUGAAGGCUUUGUUAAACUUGGCGUCAAGUUUCGGGAAGAGUACAAACGUAAACGCCCUUUCACCCACAAGCUCUUCCCCUUCUCGACGUAUGGGACGAGUCCAUCAAACAACCCGCAGUAUUUCGUUUGCGGUGGGGAAAUCCAAAAUACAAGACGACGAAAUAAACUUUGUGUUAGAAAAAACCAAAGAUCUUGGUUCAGCGAACAUAGAUCGCCUCUCGACUGUGGGACCGGAAGAAGAUGCAAUCUGGGAUACAUUGAAUGUCAAUCUAAUUGUAAUUGUGACCAACAUUGACCACAGUCCAGCUGGUCGUCUGAAAGCAAGCAGGACUUUGAAUAGUAUUGUCCUUGAAACCAUGAGUAAUGGCGACAUUGAUGACGAGACUAAGAACGCCUUGCAAUUGAGAAACCUUCGGUCGCUUCAGUCGCAGAUUGGAUCACUCUAUCAGCAUCAACAGCGAUUUCAGUCAUCUGCUGUCGACAUUGAAGCCCAUGAGCAAGUACUAGAUACGCUGAAGGUCAUGCUGGAGCAGCACGGAGAAACCUUUGUAUCUGGUUGGGACCUCGUAUUCGAACUAGUCUCUAGUGUUUUCGACAAGGGUAAUUCGGAUCCUGAAAAUAUAUCGGCGGAAGAUAUGAAAAAUUCCUUGUUGAGACCUCGAAUGGUCACAUCCAGGUCUCCUCGGCUUGUUCGGGCGGCGUAUAAUUCAUUGCAGCUGAUCGCUUCUGAUUUCCUCACUCUUCUUCCGCCCUCAUGUCUCCUCAAUUUGGUCGACUCGUUUUCAUACUUCGCAUCACAAGACCAGGACUUCAAUAUUUCGUUGACUACAACUACUUUCUUCUGGAACGUUUCAGAUUUCCUUCAGGCCGAAGUUGGCAAAUUCUCCAUCGAAAAUUCGAUUGAUACAGCUAUAAGCGAGGAGUCUCUUGCAAAGCUUACAGACGAUUCCGAUAUUCCUACCUCCCGGGGAGCUUUGUGGCUUUUGCUACUUCUUCGCAUUGUAGGCCUCACUACAGACAGUCGACCGGAAAUUCGCAACAGUGCAAUUCGGACACUGCUGAGAAUAUUUGAUGCAUACGGUCCACAAUUGUCCCCCAGGGCAUGGAAUCUCUGUUUGAAUCGAGUUUUGUUUGUCAUGAUGAGCGACGUCCAGACCAGGACUCUCGAAACUACAAAAGCUAAUGGAGAAGGGGGGGAUGAUCAGGCAAAAGCAUGGGAAGAAACAGCCGUUAUCAUGAUCAAAGGUGGCUCCGACUUGAUUGCAAACUUUUUUGACCCAAUACUCAAAGAUGCUGGGUUUGACUCGUCCUGGGAACGCUUUCUUGGAUUCUUUCAAGUACUAGCCCAGAUUAACACCCAUGAAGUGGUAGAGGCAGUCUUUGGAAGUCUCCAUGAAAUCAUAAAACAUGCAGAAACCUCGAGUGCCCUUAGCAAUGGAGCUGUGCGCUUAGCCUGGCUCUUGUGGGUGAAUAACCAUCCAGUCAUGGGGGCAAAUUCCUUGAACAUGGAAGACUCAAAUCAGGAUGCUCUUCUCGCGUAUUUCCGGUCUUUCCAGCAAAUCUACAGACUUUAUAAAAGCAGUGUCACUGAGGAACAAGUCCGGCAAAUUCUGUUGCACAUGCGAGUAGCAAUGUGGAAUUCUGUUACUUCAAGAUACUCACUUGAUAUUGACAGCCAAUCAACUCUUCAAGAAUUGAUCAUUGAGUGUAUGAAAGCGCUUUGUUAUGACAAGAGUGAAUCUCAGCCUGCUAUUGUGACAUGCCUAGCAGAUUUCUGUGACGCUGCUUUAACACAAUGGUCAGCUGAUCGCGACAGGAAUCGCCCGUCAUUUGUCGCGUUUUCAAAGGCAGCUAUCGAUCUAACAACCUGGUAUAUCGCUGAGCAUGGUAUCAAGGUCGAUAUAUUCUCAGACGGUUCCCUGGUAUCAUUGCUACAACACCUCGCACAUCCUAUUGUUCGAAAAUAUAACUGGCAGGGCAAAGACCGAGAGCCAUUUAUCUGGCAGAAAGCUACAACAUCAGCUAUCAACAUUCUCCGCGUGGCGGUGCCAUAUGUCGAAAAGCAAUAUGGCGUGUUUGAGAAGUCUGAUAUUACGCGGUUUUGGUCCAGCAUCGUCGAGAUUACACAUGGGAUUAUCACAGCCAGCAUCCCUGGUGAUGUCGAUAUGCCACUUACAAGAAUCGCUUCCGAUGAGGAAUUUGAUAUUGACGCUUUUCAGAGACUCGUUCCUCUAAUCAUCCCCUCACUUGGAUCUAGUAACGUACCGGAAAGUAUCCAGCGAGACUUCUCAUGUGCCCUUGUUGAGUCAUCGUUCAUUUACCCUCCACAGCGCAUGGACAAGCCAAUCAAUGCACUACUUGAGAAACCACUCCAUGACCUAUAUAAAGUACGCCGGGGCCGGACAUACAACCCAGUACCUAUCUCCAGAUCGCGCAUUGCCUAUGUCCUCGUCGAUACAAUGUUCCAACUAGCACAUGCAACCACCCCCUCCUCGCCUAAGCCCGAAUCAUCACGACAAAACGGCGUUCAAGAUACCGACCCCACUGUCCCAUCACGCAUCGCUCUUGCGCGCUCCAUCAUGCCCUACCUCAUCCUCCGUAGCUCUCUCCCCCUAAAAUCAUACAUCGCCGACCAACCACUCCGUGGUCUCAUGCCGCAGCCAGCCUCCGCGCACCGCGAACUCAUCCACGUUCUCACACGCCUAGUCGAUCUUGAAAGCGAACCCGUUGCUAUUCCCGAAGACCCCAAUGGAAUUGUGUCAUCAUCUGCCAUCAAGACUCGCCACAACAAUCACCUUCAAUACCGCAAGCAUCUCGGCUGGAUGUAUCCGCUCGUUGUGAAAUGUGUGCAUGUAGCCGGGCAGGUUACGGGCCGAGAAGAUCGACGUGUUUUGGAGAAUCUGGUGAGGAUACUAGAUGCGGUAGGGGAUUGUUCCAAUAUCGAUCAUGAGGAAGAGGACGAGGAGGAUGAGUAG